AAUUGUGUCAGUUUUUAUCCAAUCACUUUCUCAUUUGUCAAAAUUCUCCUUCUCUUCACUCUUUGUUAUCUCUCACACUACCUACAUCACAUUUGGACUAUCUCAAUCCUAUUUCACUCAUUUUAUCUAUCACUAAAACCGCUUCCACUUUAUCCCGCAUAAAUUAACAUUUUCAGCCAAUAGUAAAAACGACCAUCUUACUCGCGCAUCGCCACUAUAUCAUAUCCGAACCAUCUAAAUCCCACUUCACUCAUUUUGUCCGUCACCACCACCAACAACAACAAACUCAGUGUAUUCCCACCUAGUAGGGUCUGGAGGUAAGAUGUACGCAGUCCAUACCUCUACCAAAAGCCAAUAAUAAAUACAAUUUCUUUGUCAAUGCAUCACCAUUCAUUCUUUCCAAAUCAUUCCAAUCUCACUUUACUCAUUUUAUCCAUUGCUAAACCACUCCACCUUCCUCGAAUAAUCAAACACUUCUCUUUCUACCAACAAUAAAUAUGAUAUCCCUGCUCGCGCAUCACUACUAAAUCAUAUUCGAAUCAUCUCGAUCCCAGUCACUCACUUUGUUUGUCACUAAAAGUCAAUAAUAAAUACAACAUCUUUAUUAACGCAUUGCUACAUCAUGUCCAAAUUAUCUUAUUCUUAUUUUAUUUAUUUUAUCCUUACUAAAUCACUCCACCUUUUCUCAAAAAAUCAAACACUUCUCUUUCUGCCAAUAGUAAAUAUGAAAAUUUAUAUUCUUUUCAUUUAAAAAAAUGAUUUACUCUUCAUUUUGAAACGGAGGGAGUACAAAUUACAUAAAACAAAACAAAAAUCCCCAACGACUUCAAUAUAAUUUACUUACAUAGACUUUUUUCUGACCAUAUAUUAACAUAUAGUCAACGUCGUAAAACUAUUUCCUCACAAAGUCCACAAUUUCAAUUUUCAACCUCCCUAAAUUUCCCUUCACUGGAAAAUUCCAACUCAUCAUCGGAAAGCUCCAAACUCCGGCAAAACUCCGACGCCUAUGGCCAUCGCCGACCACCACAACUCCGACGGAAAGUUCUGGAACUUUUGUACUCUAUGGCAAUCAGGAACUACUACUUCUUCUUCUUCUUCGUCUACACAAAAUCUUCACAGUAACCAAAACGGCGUCGGAUCUAACGGCGCUCGUGCUUCAACUUCCGUUAGCUCCGUAGCUAGAUCAUUACUUCCGGCUCGACGUCGUCUUCGGCUUGAUCCAGCUAACAAUCUCUACUUCCCUUAUGAACCGGGAAAGCAGGUGAAGAGUGCUGUAAAGAUUAAGAACACUAGCAAAUCUUAUGUUGCAUUUAAGUUUCAAACUACUGCACCGAAGAGCUGCUACAUGCGGCCUCCUGGAGGACUUCUCGAACCCGGUGAAAGCAUUAUUGCCACAGUCUUCAAGUUCGUUGAGCACCCUGAGAACAACGAAAAGCCUGUAGUAGAUCAAAAGAGCAAGGUGAAGUUCAAGAUCAUGAGCUUGAAAGUGAAAGAAGGAGUAGAUUACGUACCUGAGUUAUUUGAUGAACAAAAGGAUCAAGUGACUAUUGAACGUAUCCUACGAGUGGUGUUCUUGGACCCAGAAUGCCCUUCUCCAGUACUGGAAAAACUAAAACGCCAAUUGGCUGAAGCUGAGGCAGCAUUAGAAUCUCGCAAGAAACCUCCAGUUGAAGCUGGACCAAAAGUUGUAGGAGAGGGUCUAGUAAUAGAUGAAUGGAAGGAGCGAAGGGAGAAGUAUCUAGCUCGGCAGCAGGUUGAGGCUGUUGAUUCAGUGUAAAGCAACUAGUGGAUUUUAAUGCAAGUGUCUCUUUUGCCAUAAUCGUAAUGCUAAGCCGGAUCCACUUCUUUUCUGCUUUGUUUCUUUCGAAGGAUGGUGGAAAAGGGGCAAUUCGGUGCUUCUUGUAAAGAAAAAUAAUCAGUGAAGGUUUUAGUUUCUCCUCCAUGGAGUAGAAGCUUUGUUAUGUAAUUGUUUGGCUGUUUUCUUGUAGAUAUUGCAUCACUUUUUGUUGAAACCUAUUCUUUUGGUGCGUUGAAACAUAAAGCAGAUACUGCUCGUGUGGCUGCAAUGUUAUCGAA